AUGGCUUCAAAGAGAAUGAUAUUGUUAACCAUUGUAAUAUUGCUGAUGUUUGGCAAUACAACGUCUAAAAUUAGCUCAAAAUCAGUCGAAAGAAUAGAAAAGGGUCUCGCUGGAGGUCAGAAAAUAGUGGAAUUUAUUUCGAAACUCGGUGAUCCAAAAACAAGAAGGGUCUUUGAUUCGUUGGCAAAGAUGGCAAGCUUUCUGGGAGCGGCAGGUGGUCUCCUAUCGUUUGCGUUAGCGUUUGUUCCAAAAUCAGAUUCGCUUGAGCUUCGAUACAUGAAGGAGAAGUUUGCCAAGGUGAAUUCGAAACUUGACGUAAUCAGCUCGAAGCUAGAUAACGUGAAAGAUCUCAUUACGUAUGAAAAUCAGCGCGCAGUUUAUCUGGACAGUGCCUCCAAGAUUCUGUUCGGCCAUAAACAAUUGACAGCAUUCCUGAAUGAAUUGCAAAAUACGUCGUGUAAGGAUGAAAAAAACUGCAAUCGUGUGCGAGCCAGAAUUGCAUCUCGAUACGUCGACGAUUUCAACGUGAAACGACAUAUGUUCAAAGUUCUGAACGGUGCUAUAAAACCAACAUCAGCAUUUGGAGAUCCACUCCUUAAUGUAAUCAGGAAAACAUUCAAGUGUGAUGUUGGCAAAAUCGACCAUCUUGCAAACAGCAUUCUCAAAUUGUCAUUCAAGGCUCAGCAAGUGACUCUGGCGCAUGAGAAAUUGAGAGGCAGCAACUUUAGUAUUACCCAAAGCAUGAAUGACUGGCUUAAAUCACUCUAUAAUCUGAGAGAGAUAACAUACAAUAUUAAAAAGCAGUGCUUUGACAAUAUUUCUAGUUAUAUGAUUUCUGAUAUCAACGACAAAAAAUAUCAAGUUAAUGUAGAUUCAAAUCAUCAAGCAAAUCAAGAAGUGAAGAAUGUCAUGCAGGAAAAAUACAAAUGGCUUGGAUGGGUAAGAUAUGUUUUCUUUUAUUUAUCCGUAACGUAAUGCAGGCUUCUGAUUGGUUGACGAGAGGUGCGUAUCAAACGAUACGGACCUCUCGCACACGUUAUGAACAUCUCAUGUUUCGCGCCAGAACAAACCGAGGAGUGAAGACAAUUUUCAAACUAAAAAAAAAAUCCAAAAACCUGAAAAGUCCUCCCUAUCGAUACUAAAGAGGGAAAAAUAAGCUGAACAGACUUCAAUGGAUUUAGUGUCAAGCUUGACGUAUAUAUAAGUAUCGAAAAAUCAGUGCCAAAUGCUUACUUUCAAAAGUUCAGCAUAUAUAUUCAGCUAUAUUUUGAAAAAUAUACAUUAAAAUACAAAUACUGGAACCAAGGACUUAUCCUCACACAUGAAAAUGUUAAAAAUACCUUAAAAGGCAGUUUAAACAUUUCUAUAGACUCAUUUCAGUCAUAUAAUUAUUUUUUAUAAAUACUGUGACAUUGUUGUCGGCAAGUACAAUAUGUUGCUGCGUGUCGAAAGAACAUUUCCGAAGCAUAUUAUUAUAGUCUAAGACCUGCAUAGGAGUUUGUAUGCGUUUCAUUUACCACAGGUAAUCUCAACUGUUUCAGGGUAAGAUGACCAUGGCGGUCAAUAUGGCAUAUGUGCCAAAACCUGAAUCCGGGACGAAAGUCUUGAAAAUGACCCCGCCCUAAAACGGCAGUGCCGACAUAGCACUAACUUCGAAUUCCCAAAAGCAAAAGCGAUAGCCUUUCUGAAGUGCUUAUAAUGUUUAGAAGGGUUGCUUUUAGGGGUGGUUAUUGGAAGGAAAAAAUUGUGUAAGUAAAAAAAAAUUAUCAUGGGAUGAAAAACUAUGCUUAAUUUAACAUAAUCAUUGUAGUUUUCAUAAGGAUUGUCAUUGGUUUCUAUAAAUAUAAUACAUUUUAUUUCACUCACCCCCCCACGAAAUGUCGAUUUCAGCCAUAUUUUCCCGUCUUGUUUGCUUUUUAUCGCCGUGUCUCGCAAAUCAUAGUGGCAUCCAGUUGUUGUACUUUUACGUAAUGAUAAAUGGCUAAAGCAGAUUUCAACCAAGCUUCGGCAAGUUUAAAGUGAAGCAGUGCAGUGUAUUUUAUCUUCGAUAUUUCGUCUAAUAUGCCGCCAUUUUAAUGGCUCGCCGAUUCGGAUUUUACUACAUCCCGGGUGUUCUUUGUCAGUGCCCGCGAUCACAAUUAAGAUUAUCAGCGUUUGAGUUCGCAACUCAAUAUUCAAACAGAUAAAACAGAUUAUUAAAACUUUUUAAAGCACUUUAGAUUUUAUACCGAUCCCCAACACUAACCGGCCUAACUUUUAAGAGUUAAAAAAGGCAGGAAAAAAAGAAAUUAAAAAAAAAGUGAGAAAAAGAUCUAAAUCGGACCGCAAACGUUCGACAUCGAUCCCGACCCCAACUGCGUUUCACUUUUAGCACGCAGCGCCUUUACCGCAUGAGUAACCUGAGAUCAGGCUCUAUUUUACAAAUAAUAGCCUGACACAAUCCUUAAUGCGAUCGCUUUCCACCCACAGCAAAGUUUAUAUUUAGUAUCCAAUCAAAAUGUCGCAGGAGAAAUUUAAAUUUCACACAACGACAACAACAAUCUAAUUAUAGUUGUGAUCACUAUAAAUAUAUCAACGACAAUAAUAUAAUCUAAUUAGCACCAACCAAUCAAAUGACAGAUCAAAAAUCUUUUGUCUCAUAAACCAAUCAGAUUUACAACAGAAAUACGGUUGUAAAAACAUGGACUUUUGUUAAGGUUUGUAUCAGGCCUAUUUAUUUAUUUAUAGGCCUGAUCGCAGGUUACCGCAUGAGCUAACGACAAACUUGGUGAAAAUCACCGCAAACAAAAGUUUUUAUAUUGCUACAAAAUACGAAAUGACUCCCGUCUGUCUAGUCACUUGGUUAUUUUUCAUUUGAGCUGCUAUAAAUGUUACUAGCUCAUAUAAAAUCUGUGAAAUUAGUGGUAAAACAUAAACAGUAUGUAAGUUUUGUCAAAAAAUAAAAAGGCAAUAUGUCUGGAUCAAAUAAACUGACUAGAAGCAAACUAAUAUCUUGAAAUAUAGAUUAACAUGCCGACAAACCGUUACAGUUUAACAAAGUUAUAAAUUUACGUCGAGUAUUAUAUCAUUUAUAUAUUUGGCUUUUAAGAUGUUUUCUUUCAAACAUCAUGAUUUCAGGAAACACUCAAUGUUAUCAUCAUGUACCGCUGAUAAUACUAGUUCUGAUCGCGGGCACUGACAAAGAACGCCCGGGAUGUAGUAAAAUCACGCUGAUUCUCUGCCCGAUAAAUGCCACCCACUUCUUAAUUCGUUUUCAUAUGUAUUUAGAUUACAGUAUCCAAAAGUACUUCAUUGUAGAAUAAUCCCAAAUGAAAAAUUGAAAACAUUAGUUGCACUUGAAAGGAAAUAACCUCCCAUAACAAAUUUAGGAUAGGAAUAAAAACAAAUAAUUUGAAAGUGAUGCGUAUUAAAAUCUUCGCGAAAAUUCCUCCUACUUGACAGGAGGGGGGCGAAUAUUUUCACGAAACGUUUGUUCGCCACCACAGCAAUUCAAGUUUCAACAAAAUAUUUUGUAUUUAUUGUAUUUUAUGAUUUAAGACUAGGUUACCUAAAAUGUAGUAAAUGCUGCCUUUAAGGUGAGUGCAAAUCAAAGGUGUGUUAUCGCGUAUACGAAAUGAUACAAAAACAAAAUUUAGCUACCCUAAACUGCGAAACGUAUUAAUACUAUGUAAAAUAUAGUGAAAUAUAGCAGUAUUAGACUUAAUAUGAAAUCCGAUAGUAUUUGUCGUUUGUAUUUGUACGCGUACUAUAAAAGCAGCGCGUAAUUGAAUUCAACAGUACGCAAGUGUGAAGAGACGCACAUGUUUAAUUAAUAUAUGUCAUGCCAGUGAUUGCCCUUUAACCCCUGGUCUUGGCAACAAAUGCAUUAAUUUCGGCUCAGUUGGCUCGCUGCGAGUAAUAAUUGUGCUUUAAAUCGCAUGCGUAUGGAUUGCUGCGAGAAUUAAGAGCAAAUAGAGUACAAAUUACUGAUAAAGCUGCUUUAUCAGUAAUUUGUACUCUAUUUGCUCUUAAUUCCCGCAGCAAUCCAUACGCAUGCGGUACUCUUGUUGAGUUACUAAACUUUGUUUGUCCACUCUGAACUCUCGAGAAAAAAGAGAACACGUGCUCAAAUGGAGUUCGUUCAAUAUAGCCGCGCGUUGAGUGUUGGUAAAAUGACUUUCAACCAACAUGCUUUGCGGCUCUAGCUGUACGAUUUUAGCUGUACGUACGAUUUUAGCUGCUGCCUUGCUCGCUCGCUUAAUGCUCACUCGCUGCGGCAGCAAUAAAAACAAUAAAUAUUUACGUAUUUUUAUUAUCAAUCAUAAAAAUACAAUAAAUAUAAUAUAUCUAGUUCAUAGGUCGCUGUUGGUUAACAAACGUUUCGUGAAAAUAUUCGCCCCCCCCCCCCUGUCAAGUAGACAAGAGGAGUUUUCGCGAAGAUUGCGCGUGACUUCAAAUGAUUUAUUUUUAUCCCUAUCCUAAAUUUGUUAUGGGAGGAGGUUUUUUCCUUUCAAGUGCAACUAAUGUUUUCAAUUUUUCAAUUGGGACUAUUCUACAAUGAAGUACUCUUGGAUACUGUAAUCUAAAUACAUAUGAAGGCGAAGAACCCACCGGGCACACGACGUUGUUUCAACGUUGAAAUUUGGUAGAAAAAAGGUUGCGAGUCGACAACCUAAUAUCUACGUUGCUCUGACGUUGUUUUACAAACGUUGGUUCAACAGCAGCCAACAGACGUUGAAUUAACGUUCAUUCAUGGUUAAAUGUACGACGUCGAUUUGUGAACCAAUCUCAACGUCGUUUUAACGUGGAUUCAACGUUGAAUUAUGGUUGACGAGAUUGGCAACCUAAUUUCAACGUUGUUUCAACGUCGAAACAGUAACGUCGAUCCAAUUUGCAUAGUCAACCCUUUUUCAACGUCUAUACAACGUCUGGAAGGUCAUUUCCAACAUUAAUUCAACGUUGGAUAAACGUCAUUUUACCCGCUGGGAAGUGGCAUUUAUCGGGCAGAGAAUCGGCGAGCCAAUAAAAUGGCGGGAUAUUAGACGAAAUAUCGAAGAACACAAUAUCGAAGAUAAAAUACACUGCACUGCUUCAAAACUUGCCGAAACUUGGUUGAUAUCUUCUUUAGCCAUUUACCAUUAUGUAAAAGUACAACAACUGGAUGUUCUUUGCGAGACACGGCGAUAUAAAGCAAACAAGACGGGAAAGUGAAAUGGGGGGUUAAGUGAAAUAAAAUAUAUUAUAUUUAUAGAAAAAAUGACUAUCCUUAUGAAAACUGCAAUAAUUAUAUAUAUUAAAUUAAGCAUAGUUUUUCAUCCCAUGAUAAUUCUUUAGGAAAUAAGGAUAUUUAAUUUCUGCAUGCCAUGCAUAUUAGUUAUUUUAUGCAUAAUUAGCAAUUUACCUGGGAUGAUGCAUGGUCAUUUUCCUGUAAAAUAUUAUACUUACACAAAUUUUUCCUUCCCGAAUAACCACCCCUAAAAGCAACCCUUCUAAACACUAUAAGCACUUCAGAAAGACUAUCGCUUUUGCUUUUUGGAAGUUCAUACCUAAUUUUAAGAAUUUUUUAUUACUGCACAUUUUCCCGGAAAGUUUAGCUGCACAAAUUUUAGCCUAGCUUAAGCACGCCUUGAUUUCUGAACGCACCUUUAUAAUAAUGUGUAACCACAAAACAGGCUACAAUUGAUAUUCAAAAAUCGGCCAAAACCAACAUACUUUACACAGCACCCAGAGUCGCCCAGUGAAAUUUGGGUAUUCAGGGCCAAAUUUGACUUGGGGGCCCUCGUAAUUUCAUCUUCUAACACUAUGAUUAAGGUGUCCGGGAGCAUUCUCCCCGGGAAAAUUUUGAAAUCCGAAGUCCCAGAAAUGGCCAAAUCCUGCAUUCUGGAAGUCUGUUGACAGUUAUAUCUAUGUAUAUUUCACUGGAAUUCUUUAUUUGGGCCCCCCUUUAAUUGACGCCCCAGGAAAAAUUCCCCCCUCCGCCAUUAUAGGUGGUCUUAAUAGCACCAACAGUUACAACUAUCUAUGACAGCAUAGUUUCAUAAUCACAUGCUUCCAAGAAAGAAAUAUAUUCGUAUUGGCAAAUGAAAGGCAGCUUAUAGGAGUGACAAACGUCCGAGGAGUUCCAGGGGCAUACACCUACAGAAAAGUUCGUAAUCUAGGCUCUCUGAAAGGGAAUUUCGUUGCGGAAACAUUCAACAGAAUUCUAAUUACAAAAAGAUAAGUAUCAUUCACUUCAUCAUCCAAGCUCAUGCAUAAAGAGAUCUUUGGUGAGACUUUGUUCACCUGAAGAACCUGAACUAUAAUAUAAGUGCACGUUUCGAUUCAAAUUCAUUCAAAUUAUUCUCAUUCAAAAUAUUUUGAUUAGUACUGUCAAGUGUCAAGACGAAUUUUUAGUUCAGUUCUGCUCAUUGCCUGAUUUCCAAGUAAUUAACAACUUAUCACAGUAAUUAGCAAAUUUUAUCACUGCACAUUUUACAUUUUAUCACUGCACAUUUUAGUUUUAUCACUGCACAAAUUGGCUAUCACUGCACACUAAAAUUAGGUAUGCGGAAGUUAGAGUUAUGUCGGCACUGCCGUUUCAGGGCGGGGUCAUUUUCAGGACUUUCGUCCCAGAUUCAGGUUUUGGCACAUAUGCCAUGUUGACAACCAUGGCCAUUUUACUCAACAUAAAACAGUUGAGAUUACUUCUGGUAUAAAUGAAACGCAUACAAACUCCUAUACAGAUCCUAGACUAUUAGGUUAAACGAUCAGAAAAAUAAAUAGUUUACCUUUCUAUUGUCUUGGUGAGUAGAAAUAAAUAAUGGUCUUGCGAUUGGGGGCGGCUCUAAAAAUGUUCAAUAUUUGGUAUUUAUUACCCACCAGCCCCUCUCCCAUUAUUAAUGACCGGUCCCUUACUAUAAAGAUUACAGAGAAAUUUAAAAAAUCAAAAUUUUAGCUAGUUAUCGUUUAUUAUCAUUAUAUGUACAUCAACUAAGCUACAUGACCAACCGAAAAUUAACUAACUUCUACAUCGCUCCCGAGUUCAAUUUAUUUUCUUGCGCGUACAUAUCACACAGUCUCUAUAAAAGCUUAGAUUUGCUUACAGCAAAUUGGUUCCAAAAGCCUUUCAAUAUUCGGCUUUUAUUAUAUGGCAAUGACGUGAUUUUACCAAACUAGUAAGGUCAUAAGAACACGAAAAAUCUAAGAGCGGAUUACACGAUAAAAAGCCGUAUUGCCCUCAUCUAAACAGGUUUUCCCGGGUUUGGACGAAGCAAAAAUCCGACUUUUUUGAGUGAAAAACACACUACAGAAAAGAGAAGGUCAAAGGCGAUCCUGAUCAUAUUGUUACGAACACUUAAACAGUAGUAAAACAACGCUAUAAAACUGCACGAUUAAAACAACAACUUGCGAGCAAUUUGAGGUAUUUAUUUUUUUAAAUUUGUUCAGCAAAACAGCAGCAAAAAUGCUAUUGUAUUUCAAAGACUAGUUUUCAACGAAAACAAAUCAUGACAAUUUACUUGAAUAAGUAACUGGACCAUUUGGACGUAAAAUGUUAGUAAGACGUGUACAAAGCUAAAACGUCAGUCAUUGCUGCGCCUUAAACUGCAUUAUUCGCUUGCAGAAUCGCUAGUUUGAAAAGAAUUUUCCAAAUUCUUGGUUCAUAGUAAAACGAUGAAAAGUUGAAGAAAUCUGUUGUUUACGUACUAAUUCACCUUUUUUAACAACUUUUAAUCGGCAUAUUUCAUAUACUCACCUCAAAACAGCUUUCUUGUUUGCGGCAGAUAAACAAUUAGUUUGUUAAGAAACUUGAUUGACAGGUGUUCUUUGUCUGUGCUAUUUUAUCCAAUCAAAUUCAAGAACGAUGACGUCAGUGUUAAGUUGUUCCUAAUUUGGUAUGCAACUUCGACCUGUUUUAGGAUGUUUGUUUUCAUUGCAUCUGAAAAUCUGAAAUUAUUUGCCGUUUACAGUGCUAAAUACAUUUUACUGGUUUCUCGUAUUUUUCCUCGGCCUUUCAGGGCUUAGAUAAAUACGUUCGAAACUCGUAAAAUACUCGGCCGGAUUAUAUGUCAAACCAUUCAAUAAGAUACAUUUCGUGGCGAACUAACCAUAUAGCAACUGGUCAUGCUAUGCCAAUUUUGGAAUUAUUGUAUUAGUCAAACCUUUGUUCUCAAACUAUAAUUUGGUACAGGUUUAUUUGCACAGCAUGACCAGUUGCCAUGAAAGUCAAAUGUCAUUUGUCGCUGACAUCGUAAAACGGUCAUGAUAUUAGAAUUUAGUUUAAAGAGGACUGCAAGUUACUGCAUUUAAAAUGUUUCACAUCAAAUUAAUUUUGCAAUAGGUGGCACAUUCGUAUGGAGCAUAUGGCGGAUCUAAACAUUAUGUUCAAAACGCGUAUGGUAGAUUCUGGAACAUGCCAGCUGACAAGAAUGCUCGAAAAAGGAAUCUAAUAGUGAGCUUCACCGAUAAAAGUGGGACAUAUUCUAACCAGAAAUUCCUAGUUUGGAAAGCAGUUGAUCAAAUUGUCGCUAAAACAAACUUCUACAGCGUACGAAAUAAUGCCGGCAAACUACUACCUAAGGUGGUGGAAGAGCUGAAGAAAGAGGGAGUUUGGAAGUAUGUCACAACUUUGAAUGUUCUCAGGGAAUACGAUGAUCUUGUUAUAACAGCUGAUAACCCCCUUACAUACAUCGACGAGAACUACAGAUUCAAGUCUUAUUACCCGCGCAACAAAAGGAAAAACAGCGUUAUUCUGUACGAUAAUGUUCGCUUGGUGAUAAUACUGAAGUCGAUGGAAAUGGCGAAUGGGUUGCCAUGUGAUAAAUCAUGUAACAACCAAGGUAGUUGUAGAACGCAACCAUAUUCAUCUGCGAAAUACUGCCAGUGCAAACCAUAUUUUCAAGGUAUGUAAAACACUGCAUUACAACACUACAACAGAAAAGGAAGGGGAUCGGAGAGAUGAUUUCUGGUAUCAGAUAUAUACGGGAUCGGUAGGGAUGUGUAGGAAUCGACGUAGGUUAACGCGUGGGGAAGACGUCGACGUAUAACGUCACAGUUUUCAAAAAAUCAGGCAUAUAACAGUUCGAUUCUACAGAAUUUAGUAUUUUUCGGCUUUAUGCUACAGAUAUCGGAAUGUUCGUAUAUUUUAAUAUUUCGUCUUUUCACUAUUAUACUGGCAUGCAAAAUAUAACAAAAUGCUGUAAUGCCAUUUUCGUUAAAAACUAAAGAUGUCAUUUUCUUCCAUAAACUACAUUAGCAUAAUAUUUUUUUUCAUAUUUGGCUUAUUGUAAAUUGAGGUUCCAUGGAAAAGAAUGCAAGGGAAAAUUGGGGGGGGGGGGGCUUUACCGUGCUUCUACUUCCAACUACAGUAUAAUUGCCAUUCCAACGGACUACAUGUUACUAAAACUGAAAAAAAAAUGAAAGAAAUAUUAAAAUAUAUCAAUAUCCCAAUAUGUGUAACAUAAAUCCUAAAAAUACGUUCAGGAAUGCCAAACUGCUAUUCACUAGAAUUUUUAUAAACUUUAUCGAGUCAGAUCCUAUCAAAGUUGUGGUUACAUACAUGCUAAAUUCGCCUGAAAGAAUAUAAUUAUACAGCUUUUCAAAACUGAACAAAAUGCAACUAUAUUCAGGAUUCAAACUUUUCAGCCUGCAAUUCUAGAACAUUGGAUCGCGCAAUGGUGUUGUGUAAAUAUUGCAUGAGGAUGGAAAAUCAUUAUGUUAGAAAUUCAGUAAAAACUUUAGUUUGCUUAACUCCAAAGAACAUUCCGCUAAAACCUUUUCAACAUGUAGAUGCGGAGUGGAUGAACAGCAUGGUUUUACUUUUUAAUUUGGCUCAAAUUGACAGUUUUGUUGUUCAAUAUAAUUAAUUACAGGUCCUCUACAGCGUAAGUAAUCAGGAGAGCGAAGCUUAUUAAUGAGUAUGUUGAUUAAAACGCUUAGUGCAUUUCAGUGCAUUUGACCAUCUUGCGCUAAACAUACGGGAAUGGCCAAUGAAAUGUCCAAUAUUUAAUUUCAUUAAAUAGAGCAAACAUUUUUAGCAACGGCAUUUUCAUGAAAAGUAUUUUAUUUUUAAAGGUGACAAAUGUGAAGAGCACGCCGAAGCCCAGUUGGCAAAGACCAUAGAUUCUUUGUUACUACAAACAUUAAAGCUUCCCUAUUUGAGUGACAUUGCUUUCGAUAUAAAGGACUUACGCGAGUAUGUUGGCAUUAGCUUCGGUGAAGUCCGGUCAGCAAUCAGUGACCUAGAAGUUGCUUUUAAAAAAGCCUUUGACAAUCUCACCCGCUUGUUGACAGGCCAGUUCCAAUGGUCAAACUUAAUCACACUCUACAACAAAGCAAUCCGACAAAUUGAGUUUUACUCAUAUCGCUUUCAAAAACUGCCGAAGCUUGAUCGAAACGUAAGGGUCACAGAAGAGAAGCUUUUAGCAACGGCCGUCCUUGCGGCCAAUGGUAUUCAACAAUGGUUGUACGAGGUCAAUUUCCUAUUUCUUGGAAGGACUGGGACACCUUUAGUUAAGCAUGAACCUCUCAUUUUAGUUUUCAUGAACAGGUAAGGGAAAUUUUAUAUGGGCUGUUCACAUAUAUAACCUCUACAUAAAGAGCUAUACCUUAACAGUAGAUGAGUUGGGUUUCCAUUUGCACUUGAACACUCUGACGUAUAUCUGGACGUGCACCAAGCUGCACUGCACGAUGAGGAGUAGAACGCCCAAACUGCGGAUUGUACUACACACACACACACACACACACACACACAUAGACACACACACACACACACAUAUAUAUAUAUAUAUAUAUAUAUAUAUAUAUAUAUAUAUAUAUAUAUAUAUAGGUAUACAGAAGGAAAGGCGAACUCCAGACAGAUCAGUAAUAAUGUUUUAUUACAAACGUUUCGCCAAAACAGGCUUCAUCAGUGUAAAAAGUUAAAAACACAAGGAAGUUAACUCAUGCGAUUUAUAACCUAACCUAUGAAUAAUUAAGAACUAAUUAAGGACUAAAUGAGAAUACUCUAGGGAUGUUUAAAAAUAUGGCCUAUUAUUGCGAAAUAAUUAAAUUGUUUCUAAUUACUAAAGAUUAUUCUGUUCUUCGACCCAAAUUCACAUCUCUUAUUGACACCGUAAGGUUUUAAAGUGCAUAACUGCGCACUCCAGUAUGCUUCUCUUGUCAACAAUCGCUUCUCAAUCGCGAAUCAUUGUCAUUUACUAUUUGUUCUAUAUCUAUAAACUUGAAGUCCCACAAAUCAUGCGAUGUUUUGUUGAAAUGCGUCGCUACUUCACAUGUCCUUUUAUUGUUAAUCAUCGUGGACUUGUGGUUACGAAAGCGGACCUUCAGUUCACUGUGCUCGUGGAUCCAAUGUAUGGCAUGCCGUGAGCACUUAAUACAUGUAACUAGGUACACAACAUUUUGACAAUUGCAACGAAUGUUCUGUUUAAUUGGGUACUUUACCCCCCCCCCCCCGUCUGACUACUGACAAAUGUACUAGACUCGUGUAUGUUGUUGUUGCAAAAGUCACACUUCUUUCCACGUUUAUAACACCCUUUUGGACUUUGAUCCCCGCUCGUUUCCUGCCGUCGUUUCGUGGAAAGUUUUUCUUUGAUAGUUUUUGGCCUUCUGAAGGAUGGUAUUAUAGAUCUAGGUGGAAAAAUCUCUUGUAACUCUGAUGAAUCUUGGAUAAGGAGAAAAUGUUUCUUUGAGAAAAUGAGUUUGAGAUGUAUAUAUAUAUAUAUAUAUAUAUAUAUAUUUAUAUAUAUAUAUAUAUAUAUAUAUAUAUAUAUAUAUAUAUAUAUAUAUAUAUAUAUAUAUAUAUAUAUAUAUAUAUAUAUAUAUAUAUAUACAUCUCAAACUCAAAUUAAGGCAGCCGUGCUGCCACUCAAAUCAACCCAGCCGUGGCAGGCAAAGUUUUCUGCUUGCGCGUUGUCUGGAAAUUAUGAUAUAUCUCACUCGAAAACAUUUCAUCCUUAACUUUAACUUAAAACAAUGAAAUUACUUUUAACAGGUACAGGUCUUUAGCAUGCACUCCUGCAUAUAAAGCUGCUGUUGAUAACACCUGGCGCCAGUUAGUACUUCUCCAACAAAUGGGAUUUAUUGUCUGGGCGCAAGCUCUUCAAAUUGUGGGCAGACCAACUGCACAGGUUGCACAGCUAUAUGAUGCCCGAACAAAUACACAGGUAAGGAUGUAUAGCUUUUCCUGAACGUGGUUUGCCAUAAAUGGUUUGCAUGAGAAAAUAGACCAAAAAUUAAACGCAAAAGCAGCCAACAAGAGAAAACGGAACAAGAAAGACAAAGAAAUAUUGUAUUUUUCCCUUAUAUACCUAUACCCCCGCCAUUAUGCGAUUUCGGCUGUUUUCCCUUUCUUUGUCUUUUAUCGUCGAAGCUCGCAGCCAUCAUCCGCAAGUUAUGCGUUUAUUUGAAGAUAAAUAAUCUGAAGAAUAUCCAUGCAAUCAAGUUUUGUCGGGUUUCAGUCACGUCAGUAAGUUCUACCUUUGAUAUUGUACAAACGUUGUUUUAUUCAAAUAUGGCGCCAGUGCAAUGUCUUGUUGCUUCUCUGCUCCGUUAAUCACAGUCAAUAGUCUUGUAGUGUAUUUAAAUUACAGCAUCCGUAAAUAUACCAAAUAGAAUGUAGAAAGGUUUCGAUGCAAAAACUGAAUAGUUUAAUGCCGAGUUCUAAACGUUUACCACCUAUAUAACAAUUUGCAAACAUAAUUCAAUUAUACAAAAUAAUUCAAAACAGCACAUUCAAAAAAUGUAUAGCUUCAAUGAUUUAUUAGAUAGGGCUAUUUCCCAAGCGCCGUUUCUGGUUGUGGUCAUUUUGGAACAUUUUGUCCAGGAUUCGGGUUUUGGCACAUAUGGCAUGUUGUCCGCCAUGCCAUGCAUGGUCAAUAUACUCAAAACUGUAAAGAUUAUCUGUCCUAAAUGAAAAUGCAUACAAACUCAUAUGCAGUCAGGUCCUAGACUAUACUGGAAUACAUGAAAAAAGCUAAACAAAUUUCAUUAGAAAGUAUCUUAAGUGCUUCAAGAAAGAACUGCUUGACAUAUCUUUGACGAAACACGAAAAAUAUAAUGAUAAUUUUGGUAAAUAAAAACAAAUACUCCUCGGCUUUCGUACCAUAUCCGGUUUGUAAGAGGCAGAAAAACAACAGCAAAUUCGUCUCCUAGUCAGGAUGAAUGGGUUUUUUGGUCAUUUCCCCCCAGUUCAUUAAGUUUAAUUCCAAAAUUUAUGAUGUUUUUGUUUCUUCGUAGUCUCAGAAUCCAUCUUUCAGAUAAAAAUGCUUACUGGGUGCGAUCAAUCUUCCAAAUAAAAUUGCUUGCUCACCUUCGGGGAAUAAUUGUUUUAGUAUCAGACGUCUUAAUAGCUUUUGUGUUUUUUGGGACUAAAUUUAUUUUAAUUUUGCUUAUUUCUUUAUCUGUGAUUUCCACAAAACGGCUAGUUGCCAUUUUGUAAAAUAGUUUAAUUUUACUGCAUGUUAUUGUCACCCACAGGUGAAUAUAAGAGAAUAUCAUGUCAAAUUUUAGCAAUCACCACGUCGGAUUUCUCAUAUUCACUGUGUAAAAAUACUAAUUUCUUAUAUUAUAUGAAGUCGGCUACGCCUAGUGUUUACACAUUCUUCUUGUAUUCUCCCAACACUCCAACAGUCCCCUCGUGCACGCACGUGACUCGUUUUCUAUCUCUUAAAUAAAUAUAUAAAGAGAAACGUUGUGCAGUAAAAAUUGUGAUUAUUUCACUUCUCAUAGAAAUUCAUUUGAUCAAUAUUUUCAAUAUUUCACUUCUCAUAGAAUUCAUUUGAUCAAUAUACUUCAACAAAAUUACAAAGUUUUAAUUGAAAAAUUAUAAAUUAUUAUUUUUCUAAAAAUACAUGUAUGCAGCAACCCUUCGCAUGUAUUUUCGAAACAUUGAUUUAACAUUACUAAUUGAUCACCACUGAACGCAGGUUGCCAUGGCCACAGAAUACUAUACAGAAGUCCAUCUUUUUUGGCGUAAGCAUGAUUCGUCACUCAGCAAGUACCGUAAACAAAAGGAGGCGCCCCCCUGGAAAUAUUCAAAAUGGCGCACGUCCAGGGGGGUAACUGCUUCUGUUUACGGUACUUGCUGAGUGACGAAUCAUGACGAAUAGCGCUUACGCAAAAAACAAUGGAGAUAGACUUCUGUAUAUAUAGCAUUCUGUGUCAUGGCAAUACGGUAAAUUUAAUUUUUAUUAUAUUUUUUGUACAACACGCCAAAAAUAGUUAUUGCUUUUUACUAUAUAACAAUGAAUGUCCGAAAUAUGUACUGCAGUCUGCAGGUACAUGUACGCUGUUCUGCAUUUUGUGAGCUUUCAUUUAAUGUAAAAUUUAACAUGAAUCGCUUCGUAAAAUGUUUUGUAAUGUUCAUUUUAGUAACUAUAUAAACUGCUUUUUCCAAUAAUAAACUGUUUUUACUUAAUAAAACAAAAUAAGUUCAAAUUGUUGAGUAAUUUCAGUUCGGUUUUCAAAUUAAUAUGCUCUCCUUUACAAUUCACCCUUUUUUCUUAAAUUAAACAGGGUAACUGAUUUAGCAAACUUUAAUACAGCUUCAUUGAAAAGAAAAGAAAGCGGUGCAUGUUUUACGCAAUGAAUUAAAACAACAAAAUUCAUAAACAUUAAACAUUCAAUGAAAAUUUGCCCUGUAUUUCACGAUUUUUCAGUAAAUCAAUUCUUCUCAUUUUUUGAAACAAAAAUUGCUUCAAAGCUCGUUGUGUGAAACGUAUUUUCCAAAUAUGUGCUUUUGAAAAUUGAAAUCUUGCUUAUCGCACUCCUGGCAAACAGCCAUAUUUCUGAGAUCAGUGAGGAUGACCACCAACGGUUGGUCAACCACGCCCGCGAUCAUUGAUGAACUUUAGACUUCGCUAAUACUUCCCUUUCCCCAGGUGUAAAUGGCCAGGAGGAAUUAGUAUCCUCGCCCCGGGCUAAUGCCCGGGACGCCGGCUCUCCGUUGGUUCGGGGAUAAUCCUGAUUAAGUAUACUAACUUCUUUUGCAUGUAUAACAGAUUAAUAAGGGAAUAAGAGAAAAUAGUAUUUAAAUUAAUGUGCCAAAAUUUUGGCAACAAGAAAAUGGGGAUGAUGUAAAGCGCUUUCGGUUCCAUGCUAUCAAAAAUCAAAAUGGCAAUUAUAUAACCUCGGACCUUUUACUUUGAUAAAAUUAAAUUAUUAAUAAUCGAUUUAAUUUUUUUUUCAGAUUUCCACGUUCAACCAAAAGACAUGCGAAUACAGUAUUGCUAAUUCAGACAAUGUGCAAUGCACCGGAGGCAGGUAUUUAUACCCAGCUAUGAACAUCAUGAACCAGUGCAAAACAAAUUACUACAUAACGGGAACGAAAGAAACUACAUGUGUCAAGAAAGGAUCUGGAUGCAGAGCAUGCAAUUGCAACGCAGCUAGUUCUAGUGGUACGGAAUGUUCAGAUAUAUCCGGACAGUGCAAUUGCAAGUCUGGUUUCUAUGGCAUGACGUGUCAGAAUCGAGAUUGUGUAUGGGGACGUUGGCCUGCCUACUCUUCCUGUACCAAGGGUUGUGACUAUGGGGGUACCAAAACGAGAACUAGGCCACACAAGGUGACAAAGCAAGGACAAGGUACAUCAUGUAGUGGGUCAAAGACGGAAACUACGAGUUGCUUUAACCGUUGCUGUGGUUAUCAAUUUCAUUGUUCAAACAAGCGAAAAUGUAUACCCUUAAGUCGCAAAUGUAACUACAAUAAUGACUGCGGUGACAAACAAGAUGAAGCCUCAUGCAGCGAAAGUUGUUGGGUAAAACGUACGUCCUGGAAUAAUGCAGGAGGAGGUGAUAUGGUUUAUAUGGACCGCCAUAGACUUACCUGUGGAGGUGCUCGCGGCAUUAAAAUGUUUCGUCUGCAACGAUCGGGAGGAAAGAUAAGAUACGAGUAUAUCUGCUGUGCUCUUACGUCCAAUGUCUGCGCUAACACCAGAAAAUGGAAUGGCUUCACCUAUGAUGGCAAUGGUGAUACGGUUUACUUGGACCGACAAACGAUCUCUUGUGGAAACCACGGUUAUAUCAACGGCUUUUGGCUACAAAGAAACGGCAGGCACAACCGUAUUAGAUACAGCUAUGAUUGCUGUAAUUUGAGGAGUUACCAACAUCGUGCAAGAACAACGUGUUAUACAUCUCGUACUGGCUUCACUUAUGAUGGUAACGGCAAAAGUUAUUAUCUCGAUCGGCAAACAGUUCGGUGUUAUGAUAGGUACUUUUUAACCUAUAUCAGUCUGGAAAGGAACGGCAAACAUGAUAGGUGGAGAUAUCGGUUUACCUGCUGUAAAAUUCGAACUUAGAUCGCAGAAAAUAACAUUUGAACAUUGGCUUGGCUUAUGUUACCCAGAACUAUACUUUUUACCUGAUCACUUUAUUUCUUAUUUGUAAUGCUUUGUAAUCACUUUUCGUACAUAACAAUGUAAUUUUUCGACGUUCUACAAUCGCAAGUAUUGCUUGUAGUGUAGUUUACAUUAUUAUCAACAAUUAUUGAAUGAGGUUGAACAUGAUGAAGCAUGAUGAUGGUGUUAUCAACGAAACCGGAGGCGGAGGUUGAUAACACAAAUUGAGGGUUUGAUAAUUCUUCAUAUUUUGCGGAAACUGAAUUCAAUAAUUGUUUUAUUAUUUAUUUAAAAGAUGAAAAAGACAUCGGAUCCGCACCUGUGGGCUCAAUUCGUCAAAGUAAUGACCAGUUCUUUUUCUCCAUUUACAGAAAAUCUUUUGUUCUUUUUUUAUAAGUACGUGUAGAUGUAUCAACGGCUAUUUACGUUGAUAUUUCAUUUUUUAUAUAUCAGUUUAAAAACUGUUUCUUUAAACCUGAAAAUACGGCCGAAGGCGGGCCAUAUUGUCUUAGUCGUGUUUCCACUUUUUGUAUUCGUAUGUCCACAGCAUGAGGUCAUAACCUCGAACAUGAUAUUUAGAUAAUGAACGUUAUGACGUCACUCCGUUCAAUAUUCAAUAGCUAACCAAGGGUUAGACCACCUGGGGACGAGGUUACCAAAUAUGGAAUUUGAUAACGAUUUCACAGUUGGCUGUUAGCCAAUGAGUGACCAUAAAUCUUUUAAAUAAAUAAUAAUGUUACUUAUGUGCACUUAUAUAUAUUAUUAAUAAUAACGUGCGUGGCACAUGUAUGGACUUUUGGCGUAAACGUCGAGAACGCUUUCGACAAGAAGAACAAUUAUGUGCGGAUUUUUUGCAUAAAUUUUUAUCACUACAUAUAUAGCUUAUCUUUUGCUUACUAAUUUUAGUUUACUACAGCUAAUUCUUUGUAAUUUUUAAGUGCUGGUUCAUAGUACAACAAAUAACGUUAAAAAUAUAGAUUCAAACGUG